GAUACAUUUCCGGCAGCCGGGCCCCAAUUUAUAUGAAGGUGCAUGUAUUUCGCAAUAUUAAUGUUUUAUUUUAAUAUACUCAUAUUCACCAAUCUACUUUAGAGCUAACAUGUGUAUAGAAGAAUGUCGGAUGUGUACCUUAAUCAAGAUAUAAAAUUUGUCCAAAUUUAUAUUUGAUUGGUAUUUGGAGUCUACCAUAUACUUAAUAUAUGUACAAGCGGUAUACCAACUAUAUUCAUUAAUCAAGAUAUAAUGAAGGUAGAGAUUUUUAUUUUAUUGCAUAGUGGAGUCUACCAUAUACUGCCCAUGUGUAUAACAUUCCAUUUUUAUUUUAUUGCAUAACGGAUUCUACCAUAUAGUCAACAUGUAUAAAAAUGGAAUGCCAUUUGUCUUCAUUAUUCAAGAUAUAAAAUUAAAGGGAUUUUUAUUUUAUUUCAUAUUGGACCACAUAUACUUAACAUGUGAACAAAACAAUGAGAUAUAUCUUCAUUAAUCAAGUUAUAGAAAUAAAGAGAUUUUUAUUUUAUUGCAUAUUAGAGUCUGCCAUAGACUUAAUAUGUGUACAAAAGAGCUGCCAGCUGUCUUUCAUUAAUCAAGAUAUCAAAUUAGAGAGAUUGUUUAUUUAAUUACAUAUUGGACUCUACCCUAUCACUUACAUGUGUACAAAAGACUUAACAUGUGUACAAAACAGCUGCCAGCUGUCUUGGAAUCAUCAAGAUCUCAAAUUAACGUUUUUAUUGCCUUUUAUUGCAUAUUGGAGAACCCAUUUUCCUCCACAUGUGUACGUACAAUGAUCGUGUGUACUAAAAUGCUGCCAUCUAUCUUGAAAUAAUCAAGAUAUCAACUUAAAGUUUUUAUUUCCUUUUAUUGUAACUUGGAGAACCCAUUUUCCUCCAGCUGAAUACGUACAAUAUAAUUUGUACUAAAAUGCUACCAGCUGUCUUGGAAUAAUCAAGAUAUCAAAAAUAAGAGUGGUACAUUUAUUUUAUUGCAUAUUGGAAGACCCCAUAUACGUAACAUGUGUACAAUGUUCAGCCUCAAAAGAACUGCCAGCUGUCUUCAUUAAUAAAGAUAUCAAAAUAAAGAAAUUCUUGUGAUAACCUUUUCAAAAUACUACAUGUAUUUUCGCCCAGCUCUUACCAAGACGUCAAAUGAUUGUACUUAAUUGGCUCUUUUACAUGUUGCGGCAUACGCGGGAAAGUAUUAUUUGGAAGAGGCGGGAUUUUAUAGCCUGGAAAGUGGUGACUUGGUGCCAGUCUAUAACUUCAGAAGUGACAGAAGCUGUACAUCAAAAUCUUCGUGGGUUCCAAAGGCCAGUCCAUUCCUCAUGCUCUGGGUUCUAGCAGGUUGAAGGAGUAAGGAAAGAAGAUCUAGAAGUGGGUUUUGAAGCUGAACCCCAAAUUCCUUAUACGCACUGUGGUAUUUAUAUCACUAGACUUUUUCAACCAGUUGGCUGUAGACCUAACCAACAAAAAGCUAAGCAAAAGUCAUGUACAAAUCAGGUAAGAGAUUUAGGAGGGGACGACCUCGACGUCCCCUAAUCAACUCAAGCCCUAUUAAAGAAGUUCCAGACUUGGUGCCUCCGACUACAGUUCUACGAGAUGAGGAGGAUCCCAUAAUUGAUGUCUUAGCUGAAGUAGUACCAGAAAUGGGCAUAGAAGAAGCCAAUCACGAAGUACAACAUGACAUCAAUGAGAGAGAUAAUCUCACUGAUAUGCCCGUUUCCCCCAUUAAAAAACGAGGCCGAGGGCCUACGAAGGGUACUGCAUUUGAAAGGUUGAGAAAGUAUGGUAAGAUCCCUUUAAAUAUAAAGGAUGGUUAUAGGGGUCCUUCAUGCGAAAAUGCUACUAUAUUCAGUAGUCGAGUGAGCUGGAUUAUAAGAGUACAUGCUGAAAUGCGCCAUGCUAGUUGGAUUGCGGUUGGCGACAAGGAGAAGCACGAGCUCAUCACUCUUGUUAGAGGUGAUUUUGAGUUGGACUGGACAAAGGAAAAUCAUCGUGAAGCUGUAGUAAAUGCAUUAGCUGAUAAGUAUAAUGCAUACCAUUACGAACUACACAAGCACUACCGUAAAUUUGCAGCACAUGAGGAAGCAUUAGCUGGUCGGAAAGAGUCAGUGGAGCCACAUGUUUGGGAGUGGCUCUGUGAACGAUGGGCGAGUGGGGCAUUUAAGGAGCGGUCUCGUAGAAACACAAAUAAUAGAAAGAAACAGAAAGUUAGACACACUGGUGGGAGGAAAUCAUUUGUCAGGCUUAUGGAAGAGAUGGGUGAGGAGGCACCAAAUAUGAUUGAAUUUUACAAACAAACACAUUGGUCAAGAGAGAAAGGGAAAUUCAUCAAUGCAGCAAGUGAGUUCAACUAUAAUCUGAUGUUAGAGAGGUUGAAUGAGAAAGGGACAAAAGAGGAUCAGGAUGAUGAUGCUACUGCUGAUGUAUUCAAAGAGGUUUUAGGCUAUAAAUCUGGAUAUGCACUUGGACUGGGCCACUCAGUCAUUCCUGAGCCCUCCCCUUUUAUGUAAAAGAAAAAGACAUUUAAACGAUUGGCGGAGGAGAAUGAAAGGAACAAGACCUGUGCAAACCAUUACAAGACUCAACUAGAGUCACUUUUGGGUGAAAUGGCUGAUCUACGCAAAUAAUUUUCAGAGCAUGACAGACAGAUAAACAUGAUAAGCUCACAGUUAGAGUCAAAAAUCUGGAGUCUCAACAAGAGACUCUCGGAGAUGCUUAGGCAUCUCUCAUAUAGUUUAGCUUUUUGAAGUGUUGGGAAUUUUUGUGUUUUUUGUUCCCCCUAUGGAAAUGGCAGUGUUAAAUGCCUUCUGAAAAUUGAUGUGUAUUGUGGGCAGGUAAAUGGGGGGUAUUUUGAUAGAAAGGGUGGGAGGUGGUUGGAUAAGUGGGAUUUUGUGUUGGUUAUUGUAACAUGGUAUCUUAAUGGAAGUAGGUUGUAAGGAAUGUUUGGUGGUGGUCAUAACAAUCAGGGAUAUUGCUGCAUGCAUUAGCUGCAUAUUUGUAAAGGUUCCAACCAACAAUGGUUCUGUGAGUAUGUAGAUGUUGUUCCAGUACAGUUACAAGAUGUUGAGAUCCAAUUCAGGAAAUGGUCAGGAAAAUAUAACUGAAUAGGAGCUUCAGAUCUGGUGAUGGUGUUUUUCAUUCACUCAAAAAGUUGAAAAUCUAUCCAUACAGAAGCUACAUUGGUACAGCUGGAAUCUCAUCACCUUGGACGAUAAAAAAUGAAUGAUAGAAACCUUGAAAGCAAUGGAGCUAUGCACUAUUUCUAGGCUGGAGCAAAGUUCAUCCCAACUAUAUGUAGAAGUAUAUAGUUGUUUUAUGGGCUAUACAAUAGUUCUAACUAUUAUGUUGAUCCUCCCAUUUCCUUCCCACACAGUAAACAUUGAUGUAUUUCGUAUAUGCAAUCUAAACAUUGAAACAUGUUUGAAUUAAUUAUAUAUAUGUACAUGUAUAUGAACAGGGGAAUUUA